CACCGAUUUCAACUUAAGCCUUAAGACUUACGUGCAUGUCCACACCAAACGAUGGAUGGGAUCAACCUCAACGCUCUGAGCGAGAAUGCAACACGCCUUGGGAUGAGGAUUCAAGAGACAAUAGCUGAGCACACCCGGGAUUUGUCGUUAACACGGGGCGGGAGCUCAUUGUUUGACAUGGCGGACGACAAGGCGAAGAAUAUAACAAAGCAGCUCGAAUCAAGCAGCGACCGUGAAAAGUUGGACGCCAUGAAACGACUGAUCGCGCUCAUCUCAAAGAACCGGCCAGUCUCCUCAUAUUUCCCUGCUGUAGUCAAGAAUGUAGCCAGCCCGAACCUCGAGCUACGCAAGCUGGUGUACAUCUACCUCCUUCGUUGUGCACCAUCUGAACCUGAUCUGGCAUUGCUGUCGAUCAAUACUUUCCAGCGGGAUCUCGCUGACCCCAGCCCUCUCAUACGCGCUAUGGCUCUUCGCGUGCUGAGCGGCAUUCGUGUUCCUACUGUUGCUACCAUCGUACUUAUGGCUGUCCGCAAGUCUGCUGCAGACCCGAGCCCAUACGUUCGCAAGGCAGCUGCGUUGGCCGUGAUCAAGGUAUACAAAGUAGACCAGGCGCACCAUCCAACUCUGCUCGAUAUUAUGACAACUCUUCUGCGCGAUCGCUCUCCGCUUUCACUUGGGACUGCUGUUCUUGCUCUCGACACCAUUGCGCCAUCUCGCCUCGACCUUCUCCACGUACAUUUUCGCCGCCUCUGCCGUGCCUUGCCGGACAUUGAUGCAUGGGGGCAGGUCGACGUUCUCCGCGUACUCGUGCGAUACGUGAGGACCAUGUUACCCAAGCCCGUUCCCGCCAACGAGAGACAAGGUGAAGAGGUUGACAAAGAUUUGAAGCUCCUGCUAGCCUGCGCGGAGCCACUUUUCAUGAACAAGAACCCUGCCGUUGUUCUUGCUGUCGCACGAGCAUUCUACUACCUUGCUCCUUCAUCGAUGCUCUCAAAGAUUAGCGCGCCUCUCCUUCGCCUCCUCAGCGUGUCGCGCGAGGUCGAGCGUGUGGCAUUGGCUUAUUUACUCGUCGUCGCACGUUCGCAUCCAGUUUUAUUCAUUACUUCACACAACCGCUUUCUCGUGCGCGUAGAUGAUGCAGAGCAGGUGAAGCGGAGAAAGAUUUCUGUUCUCUUGGCAUUGUGCACAGUUGACAAUCAUCAGACAUUACUGCGAGAAUUCAUGGACUAUGCUCAAGACACAGAUGACUCUGUUGUAGGAGAUGCGAUUCACGCCAUUGGACGCAUUGCCAGCCUCGUUCCCUCAUCCACGCCCCAAUGCCUCACUGCACUCAUGGGAAUGAUCAACAGCAAGCAAGAUACCAUCGUCUCAAAUGCAGUCCUCGUUCUUAAGUCCCUCGUCCAAAAUCAACUUCUCACACCUUCCUCUACCUCAACCACGACCCUCCCAACCCCGUUCUCGUCGCAGCAAGCUCUCCUUACAUCAUCCAUUCCCUCGCUGACGCCAUCAAUCUCCACUUCAUUGUCAGCUGCACCUUUGUCCUUCACGAGCACGGAGUCGACCUCCGUAGCUCAGGCCCCACUGUCCAUUAUUGCCCAGCUGGCUCAGCGCAUUGAUGAUAUCCGGCACCCCCACGCGCGGGCUUGCGUGCUAUGGCUCGUCGGUCAAUACGGGUCAGUCACAGGCACGAAAACAGCGGUUGAAGGUGUGGCAGACUGGGCGCCAGAUGUACUACGCAAGGCAGCGAGGAGCUUCAACACUGAGGCUUCCCUAGUCAAGCUUCAGACACUCACUCUUGCCGCGAAACUAAUACUGCUCGCGCCCACGCACCGUAUACUGGUCUUACUGGCACAGUAUGUUUUCACAUUAGCUCGGUACGAUGAAGACUGGGACGUGCGUGACCGCGCGAGGAUGUUGAGGACACUUCUUGUUGGUGCAGUUACGGGUAUUAUGGGCAGUAAUGAUGAGGAAGGCAUCGGGGAAAAUUGGAAUAAGGAAGAGCAGGCAGGAAGGCCGGGUGUGGUGUUGAGAAGGGAACAGGUGACACGAGUGUUAUUCGAGGGAAAGACUGGGACGAUUGAAGAGGAGCUAGUGGCUGGUGAGUGUGUUUUUGAGUUCUGAUUUUGUCGACGAAGGGCUCGUUUAUGAUUAUGACCCACACUUACUUUUCUCACUUUCUCUUCAUGUCCAACUAAUCCCAGUCCUCUGCAGACGCUCGUCCACUCGGAACGCUUUCUCUCGUGAUGGAGAGUGAAAGUUUGCAUCUGCACGAUGACGAUGACGAUGAGACUGUAAUAGAUCUCCCCGAGUGGCUGGAACAGGGAAUUGACCCCGCGUUGCGUGAUAGUGAUGACGACGCACCCCAAGUUGCCUUGUCGGUUCAAGCGAUUUCAUCCCAGGCAACCUCGUCCCAACGUGUGCCCACACCUGCAGGUUCAACACCAGUUGUGCUCACGCCCAUAGGGGGAUCGACACCAAAAGACACCAAGGACUGGAGGGAUUUGAACAAGUUCUAUGCAAGUGAGAGCGAGUCUGAGGAUGAGGAGGAAGAGGAGGAAGAGGAA